CACAGUCACCUUCAGAUCGACUAGAAAGUCUCAAAGAUAAAGAUCCAGCAGGAAAAUGAUGGUGACAGGGAUAUUUCUGUUUGUUUUGCUGCUUGCUCUGCUGAUUCUCCUCUUCUUCAAACAACUCUGGUCCCGAAGACAUUUGCCCCCCGGACCUUUGGCUCUACCUUUCAUUGGGAGCUUGUGGGCUUACGGGUUUUCGCUUCGUGAAGAUUAUUUCCGGAAGAUGUAUAAUGUGUUCCCACAAUUAAUGAGCUACCUCCCAGGCCCCCACAAGCAGGCCCUGGAUUCUGUGGAUUUGAUUGUUUCUUUUGCAAAGCAGGAAAUAGAGAGACACAAGGAAUCCCGCUCUUUGCAUGAGCCACAGGAUUUCAUUGAUUACUAUCUUCUUCAGAUGGAGAAGAGCAGGAAUGACCCCAACUCUACCUACAAUGAAGAGAACCUGGCUCAGUGUAUUUUUGAUUUUUUUUCUGCUGGAACAGACACAGCCUUUGCUAUUAUGAAGUGGGCACUGCUUCUCCUGACAAAUCAUCCUAACAUCCAAGAGAAAGUCCAGAAAGAGAUUGAAGAUGUUUUUGGCUUCUCGCGGUCAAUUUCCUACCAGGAUCGGAAUAAGCUGCCCUAUACCAAUGCCGUGAUUCAUGAAAUGCAGCGUUUCAAAAGUGUUUUGCUAGUUGGGUUUCCCAGACAAAGUACAAAGGAUGUGAAGAUGAGGGGUUAUCACAUUCCAAAGCAUGUAAAACGAUAUGGAAAGAUAUACUCCAUGUGGGCUGGACCUCACCUUUUAAUCGUGAUGUCUGGAUUCAAAGCUGUGAAAGAAGGAAUGACCAACUUCCCAGAAGAAUUCUCUAAUCGACCAGAGGAUCCUUUCUUGACUGCUUUCGGGAAAGGAUUGGGAAUUAUUCUUUCCAAUGGCCUCACCUGGAAACAGCAGAGACACUUUGGCAUCACUUCUCUGCGGAAGAUGGGCCUGGGGAAGAAAAACUUCGAUCAUCGAAUAGAAGAUGCAGCUCAGACACUGGUGGAAAUCUUUAGACAAACGAAAGGACAGCCAUUUGACCCUUCAAAUUCAGUGCUAAAUGUAGUUUCUAACAUCAUAUGUCAUUUGAGUUUUGGACGUCAGUUUGAUGCAGAAGAUGACAACUUCCAGAAGUUAAUUCAAUCCCUUGAAAUUGUUUUGCAUUUUUCUGGUAAUGUUUUCCAUGUGAUGUUUUCUGAGUUCCCACAAUUAAUGAAACACAUCCCAGGCCCUCACAAAGAGGCUCUGGCUUGUAGAGACCUUAUCAUUUCCUUUGCAAAGCAGGAAAUAGAGAAACACAAGGAAUUUCACUCUCUGCAUGAGCCACAAGAUUUCAUUGAUCACUAUCUGCUUCAGAUGGAGAUGAGCAGGAACGACCCCAACUCCACCUACAAUGAAGAGAAUCUAGCUCAGUAUAUAUUUGACAUUUUUUUUGCUGGAACAGAAACAACCUUGGCUAUUCUGAUGUGGGCACUGCUCCUCUUGACUAAUCAUCCUACCAUCCAAGAGAAAGUCAAGAAGGAGAUUGAAGAUGUGUUUGGCUUCUCAGGGUCAAUUUCCUAUCAGGAUCAGAAGAAGCUGCCUUACACCAAUGCUGUGAUUCAUGAAAUGCAACGUGUAAAAUAUGCCUUGCUAAUCGGGGUUCCCAGGCAAAGUGCAAGGGAUGUGAAGAUGAGGGGAUAUCACAUUCCAAAGGGGAGCAUUGUUAUCGCAGACCUACGCUCCGUUCUCCUUGAUCCUGAACAAUGGGAGACACCUGAAGAAUUCAACCCAAAUCACUUUUUAGACAAGGAUGGGAAGUUCCUUGAUCGAGAAGAGUUUCUGCCAUUUGGAAUAGGUCAGCGUUCCUGUGUGGGAGAGCAGCUUGGAAGAAUUGAGAUCUUCGUCUUUCUGACCAACCUGUUGAGGGCCUUCAGCUUCCGGUUGCCUGAAGGAGUGAAAGAACUCAAUGAAGAGCCUAUUGCAAAGAUGUCAAUGUAUCCGCACCCUUACAAACUGUGUGCUAUUCCAACACAGGCUUAAAUGUAAACACCAUAAAAAGCAUAAAACUAAAUCCAGAGUAGCUCUUCAGUAUGGUAACUGUUUCCUAUAUAUACCUAUUCAUUUAAUAUUGGGUUUUGCUUCUAUUUACUCACACUGACACUUGUUCAAUAUAUUGCUGCUUUAAAGACCAGGAGGUUGUGUAUGAAAAAGGUGCUGUAUGGUUAAGUUUUUUUUCUUUUUUUUCCCUUUGGGUGCUAAUAAAAUAUAUUACUUGUCA